GCAGGAACGCUUGAUGAUAUACGGGAUUGGAUGUACUUUACGUACUUUGUCCAUUUUAUUUUGUUUUUUAUUUUUUAUUUUAACAUCUCAAAAGAAACCCGUUUUGUCUUGAAUAUAUAAUUAUGAAUUGGUAUAAAAGCAUGUGUCUUAAUAUAGAGUGCAGCUCUCUGGCAUUAUGGCAGAGCAAAUGGUGGUGUUCUUUUACCUGCAAGAGAUGAAGAGACAUUCUUUUGGAUAGAUCUAUGUCUAUACUGCGACGGACAGUGAGAAUCCAUCAGAAACAACAAGCAAAUAUGGAGACAUUUACAAUUCACGAUAUGCUCAUCAAUUCCACUGAUAUUUAUACAAUUUUAUGUGGACUGGGAAUCGAGAAUUUGUCGGAGUGCAAAAAUGAUAAUAACAGCACGUCCGAGCCAAAAGACAUGAACCAGUCGGUGCGGAUCGUUCUGUACGUGCUCAUCUUCCUCCUGAGCUUCACAGGAAACAGCCUCAUCAUCACCGUGCUGGUGCGGAACCGGCGCAUGCGGACGGUCACGAACCUGUUCCUGCUGUCUCUGGCCGUCAGUGAUCUGAUGCUGUGUCUCUUCUGCAUGCCCUUCACACUCAUCCCAAACCUUAUGAAGGACUUCAUCUUCGGCACCGGCAUGUGUAAAGUGGCCACGUACUUCAUGGGUAUUUCGGUGAGUGUAUCCACAUUCAACCUCGUGGCCAUCUCUCUGGAGCGCUACAGUGCCAUCUGCAACCCCUUUAAGUCCCGCACAUGGCAGACGAAGUCCCACGCUGCAAAAGUCAUCACAGCCACUUGGGUCGUGUCUUUUCUGCUCAUGCUGCCUUAUCCAAUAGGCAGCACUCUGGUGCCUUUCAUGCGCAGUAACAACAGCACAGGCAACAUGUGCCGCUUGGUUUGGCCCAAUGAUGUCAUGCAGACCUGGUAUGUUUUCCUGUUGCUGAUACUCUUUCUCGUGCCUGGCAUCAUAAUGAUGACGGCUUAUGGCCUCACCUCACUCGAACUCUACAGGGGAAUCAAAUUUGAAAUGGCUAACAGGAAGUCAAACAGAGAGAAAGAAUACUGCCCUUCCAAUCUGAAAAAUGGUAAUGGCUGCUACCUCCGGCCCUUCAAGAGAAAGCGCCCCGAACCCAUGACGCCCGGCUUCGUCAAUCCAAAAUCCAAACUGAGAAGGGUUUGCAGCAACAGCACUACAGCAAACCUCAAGGCCAAGAAACGGGUCAUUCGCAUGCUGCUGGUGAUCGUGGGGCUGUUUUUCCUCUGCUGGACGCCGAUCUUCGUUGUUAAUGCCUGGAGAGCCUUUAACAGACGUUCAGCCGAUCGUGUCCUCUCAGGAGCGCCGAUAUCCUUCAUCCACUUGCUGUCCUACACCUCGGCCUGCGUCAACCCCAUAGUCUACUGUUUUAUGAACAAACGCUUCAGACAGGGUGUGCUGGCGACGUUCAGCUGCUGUAGGGCUGAUUUCGAGGAAGUGAGCAGGAGCAGGAGCAGCACCCAACGUAGUGCCAGAGGGCUGGGAACGCUGUUCGGAGGAACCGGUGUGACCGGACAGGCUGACGGUAAAACACAAAGCUCAGGAACACCUACAAGGCUAACUGACACCAGUAUCCGUGGCUCAGCACAAGCAUAAUUGACACUUGUUAAACCCUGAUAUGUUCAGUAUAGGAGCCCAACAAGAAGCUUAUCUUGAGUAAAAUGUAAAGAAAAAUAUGAUAUCAGUGUCAAAAUCAUUCAAAGCUUUGCAAUGUUUAGUAAAAAUGGCUUGUUGUACUGAUGAUAAAAUAGAGCACAAGCAUGCAGACAAUGGCUGCCAAUAGCACUGAAAUGCUGUGCUUAAUUUUAGUACGUCACUGUUAAAUAAACAGCAGCACCAAAUGGAGCAAGACUGUGGCCUCCAGUCCUCAUUACAGUUAUGAGUUACAAAGACUUUGUAAGUCAUAAGUUUUGUCCAUUUGGCUCUCUAAUUUUCUGGCUCACCUAUACUGUAAACAGGGCCGUCCUUAGGGGGGGUGCAACUGGUGCGGUCGCACCAGGCCC